AUAGGCCAGAGUGAGGGGGGUUUUGAGAGUUGUGAUAGAGUACAGAGAGAACAAUGGCGGGAGCUUCUUCAGUGUAUAUGCAUUUGAAGAGCAGAGUGAGCCUUUGUAAUGUCACUGCUGCGGUCACUUCUUCUCCUAGUAGUAGUUCUGCAGAGGCCCAAAUUGGGAGCAGGGUUCAGCUCCCUGAGAAGACCCGAAACUCGCGGGUGCUGGUUCUGGGCGGAACGGGUCGGGUCGGAGGGUCCACUGCCAUUGCCCUCUCCAAGCUCUGCCCCGACCUCCAAAUUCUCGUUGGCGGUCGAAACAGGGAAAAAGGAGCUAAUAUGGUGGCUACACUUGGGGGAAACUCAGAGUUCUCUGAAGUAAAUAUUGACAAUGUAAAAUCAUUGGAAGCAGCUCUGAAAGAUGUGGAUCUCGUAGUUCAUGCUGCAGGGCCAUUCCAACAAGCAGAGAAGUGUACUGUAUUGGAAGCUGCCUUACAGACAAAGACAGCCUAUGUUGAUGUUUGUGAUGAUACAGCCUACUCACUGCGUGCAAAAUCUUUCAACAGUAGAGCACUAGCUGCAAAUGUUCCGGCUAUAACAACUGGUGGAAUUUAUCCUGGAGUGAGCAAUGUGAUGGCUGCAGAACUAGUUCGUGCGGCAAGAAGUGAAAGCAAAGGCAAACCAGAAAGGCUAAGAUUCUACUACUACACAGCGGGCACUGGCGGGGCUGGUCCAACUAUCUUAGCCACUAGUUUUUUGCUUCUCGGAGAGGAGGUUGUUGCAUUUAAUAAAGGAGAAAAGAUCAAACUAAAGCCAUAUAGUGGAAUGCUGACGAUUGACUUUGGAAAAGGAAUUGGAAAGAAAGAUGUUUAUCUGUUGAAUUUGCCAGAGGUAAGAAGUACUCAUGAGGUCCUAGGAGUACCUACUGUCAGUGCUCGAUUUGGAACUUCACCCUUCUUUUGGAAUUGGGGAAUGGCAGCCAUGACUAGUCUUCUUCCAGCAGAGCUGUUGAGAGACAGAAGCAAAGUCCAACAGAUGGUUGACCUGUUUGACCCCGUAGUCCGACGAGUUGAUGGUAUUGCUGGAGAGCGUGUAUCAAUGAGGGUUGAUUUGGAGUGCUCUGACGGGCGCAAUACAGUUGGCAUAUUCAGUCACAAGAGACUCUCCGUAUCAGUUGGAAAUGCAACAGCUGCAUUUGUUCUGGCAAUUCUUGAGGGAAGCACAAAGCCUGGGGUUUGGUUUCCAGAGGAGACUGAAGGCGUUGCAAUCGAGGCAAGAAAACUCCUUCUCGAACGUGCUGCACAAGGAACAUUCAAUUUUGUAAUGAACAAGCCAUCAUGGAUGGUGGAAACAAAUCCAAAAGAGUUAGGGUUGGGAAUAUACGUGUAAUACUCACACAGAAGUCAAUCUAAAAGUUCAAAUUCGUCUUCAGCUUGUUCAUCAUGUUGCAGAGGUGGCGAAUGUUUUUAUUUGUUGCAGUUGUGAGGCUUCCCUAUCUUGCAGGACCAGAAAUCUAUUGGGUCAUUACUUUAAACAAAUUUUGGAGAGAAAUGUGAAUCUUUUCCGCCCUCUACAUACGUGGUAUUCUUUAGUAAAUGAAACAAGUGGAUUGUAAUUUACAUCUAAUGCCAUCCUAUAUACUCAUUUUAAUGCUGUGAAGAACUUUUAUACAUGUCAUAUGGAGGAUGAGAAUA